AUAAGUCCCGCCCAAAAGAAAGUGUCGUUGUUGUACGUGACUCCGAAACCUAUCACCAGCGAGAGACUGCAACUUUGACUGCCUUGCGUUGAUUGCAGCGAGCAGACCCUGUUUCGGUGGUAUGCAGUAGGCCUGGUUCGAUGGACGGUGGCUGUGGUCCCACACUUGUUCUCCGCGUUCAGUUGGAAUAGCACAGAGUUGCAGCCCAGACGGGUGGCCAGGAUUUGCAACCUAUAGGUAGCGUUUUGAGUUGAGGCGAAAACGACCGUUACUUCAAAAAAAGCCGAGUGCACUGCUCACCUGCCUACCGUGAAGUUAAACUAAAACACCGUGCUUAGAGGCGCAAUGGCCAGGGACCAACGAACCAACUCAACUCGUGGGGAUGAUGACCGCGUAACUAAGGAGGACAUGUGGUGCUGUUGCAUCUUCUUUUACCCACGAUGUCUUCAGCGAUUUACCUCUCUAAACCUCUUCAUCUUCUGGGUGUGCAGUCUCCUGUGUUUCUCUGCGGCUGCACUGGCCGUCUUCGAGGGGCUCGUCACCACCAUCGAAACCCGCUACCAGCUGAGCGCCUCGGAGAUCGGCCUCAGUGCGUCCAUGUACACGGUCGGUGUUGUCAUCUCGACCGUGAUUGUCACGCACUUCGGCGGGCGAUCAACGAGCAGUCGCCCGGUGUGGAUAGCUCUCGGCGGGGUCCUACUCGCCUUGGGUGCGUUUUGUCACACCCUACCGCAGUUCAUCCUCCCACCGUAUCAGAUACCCGGAGAAUCCAAUUCAUCUUCGGGGGGAUUUGGUGGGGUCUGCCGAACCGAUGGUGGGGAGGAUGAAGGGUCGUGUGAGGCUGCUGAGCGACAGAUACUGCAAGAUAACAAUGUGGCAUUCUUGCUCAUUAUCAUUGGGCAGGUAAUACUGGGUCUAGGUUAUGGGCCGCUGGUACCCUUGGCUCUAGCCUAUGUUGACGAUAACGCUUCUAGGGGAACCACUGGCUUGGCAUCAGGUAUACUGGAGAGCAUGUUCGGGCUUGGUGCAAUCAUCGGCUUCCUGAUCGCCAACGGGGCGGUCAGCCUCUGGGUGGACUUCUACCGCGUGGAUGUCUCUUCCAUCACGCUGACGCCUAAAGACCGAGGAUGGGUAGGGGCCUGGUGGCUUGGGCUCCUCAUCGUAGCGACUGCAUUCUUUACUCUCUCCCUGCCGUUCUUCGGCUUCCCGAGGAGGAUUCCUCGUCGAGACGACGAUGAGGAGGAGGAUGUCAAGGGAGCUCAGACCAAGGUGGCUGACCCAGAAGAGGAGACACAAAAAUCUGCUUUGAAGGAUCUCAAAGAGUGGCCUCGGGCAGUAUGGCGACUCCUGACCAACGGUAUCUUUCUCCUGGCUAGUCUGUCCUUCAUCACAGAGGGCGCCCUCGUCUACUCACUGGCAGCAUUUUUUCCAAAGUACAUGCAGGUGGAGUUUGGGCUCGAUGUCUCCAUGGCGAACCUCACUGCGGGUUUUGCGUUUGUACCACCCUGGGCUUUGGGCGCCUUGGCAGGCGGGCUUAUCAUCAAAAAGUACGCUCUGACGGUUCGUGGCUCGUCGAUCAUGGGCUGUGUAUCUGCACUCAUUGCAUGCUGUUGUGCUGUGGCUCUGAUUUUCAUCGGGUGCGACAACCCGCCCAUUGCUGGUGUGACUGUUGGAUACCAUGGUCACGAUAACCCCACGGGUCUCAAAGUACCGUGUAACUCCGACUGUCUGUGCCCGGAUGGAGGGGCCUUCACCCCGUACUGUGGACCGGACGGUGUCACCUUUUUCUCGCCUUGUCACGCUGGAUGUGCGGAUGUCUCAGAGAAUAAGACGUAUAGCAACUGUUCGUGCUCCACGAACGUCUCUCUACCAACCUCUUCUGACGUCACCAUCUCACUCACGCCCUCUAUGUUAACAAGUGGUCAUUGCAAGUACAACUGCUCUAACAUGAUUAUCUUCGUUGUUCUAAUGGUGGUAUGGGCAUUGACUUUAAGUUCAGCUACGUCACCGAGGAUCAUUAUAAUAGUAAGCUCUGUCAGCCCGUCGGAUAAGUCUCUGGCUCUGGGUAUUAGCAGAGUUAUUAUGCUCGUAUUAGGAUCAAUACCAUUCCCAUACCUGUACGGAGCCUGCAUCGACUCAGCAUGUCUCGUAUGGCAGAGUUUAUGCGAUGAGCGCGGCUCGUGCGCCGUGUACGACAUCGAGCGGUUCCGCAUGAUCAUCUACGGCCUAACGGCCGGGCUGAUCGCCCUGCAGUUCAUUGCCUUCGUAGUGAUCUUCCUUGUUUCAUUCGCCACUAACGGUGAUGCUACUAAUACUACGAAAGACGAUGCGAAGAGAGGUACAGCAAACAGCCGAGGAGCAGACGGUGAAGAAAUGACACCGCCCUCUCUCGGCGAUGGGCUGCAAAACAAAGGCUAUGAUAGUGAGGGGGCAAAUAGAACUUAGUGUGUAUCAUUUCCAUAGGUUAGUUUUACAUCUUUAUUUAUAAAGGAUUGUAACAAUCGAACGGUUUAAAAAAACGUAAGGUAUACUUUGCCUUUAAAGUUAUAUAGGUAGGGGAAAGGGAAUUUUGUAAUUGCAUCCUUGCUGUUUUUGUGUUCAUUCAUGUUUAAUAAUUAUCUCGUACAGGUAUUAAAAUUUGGAGUUUGUAUUGAGAUAUUUUUCUCUCCUCGAUUCACGGAGUAAAAUUUACGUAAUUAACAAAAAGCUAUAGACAGAGGGGGGGGGGGGG